CGGGCCUGAAGGAGGCGGGGCGGGAGAUUUGAACGGAAGGCGGCACGGAGGGCGGCGGAGCACCGGCUCCCCCGAGACACGCUUUCCGCCGUCCGCCCCGUGGGCCUUCAGGCCCCAGGACCGGGAGGCCGGGUCGGAGCCGUGGGGCCGCUCGCCAGACCCUCCGCGGGCCACCAUGGGGCCGCGCCGGAGCCGCAAGCCAGAAACCCCGAGAAGGCGAACCACGACCCCGACCCGCGGGCCGCCCCGGCCGAGCGCCUCAGGUGCCGCCUCCCGUUCACGUUUUCGGCGGUUUGUCUGGCUCCGAGAGAUGCGAAAGCUGCAGAAGAGCACAGAUCUCUUGCUGAGGAAGGCGCCCUUCAGCCGCGUGGUAAGAGAAAUAUGUGCUAAAUUCACCCGCGGUGUGGACUUCAGCUGGCAAGCGCAGGCCCUGCUGGCCCUUCAGGAGGCCGCAGAAGCGUUUUUAGUUCACCUCUUCGAGGAUGCCUACCUCCUCUCCUUACAUGCUGGCCGAGUCACUUUGUUCCCCAAGGAUGUGCAGCUGGCCAGGAGGAUCCGAGGCAUUGAGGAAGGACUCGGCUGAGGACCUGCUGCAGUCUCCAGAAGUCCUUCCUGAUCAGCAGAGAUCCUUGCAGGCAUUUCCCAGUCUUUUGAAUCCUGCUCACCGUGGGAUUCUCACCCCUCCACAUCCAACCAGCCCAGAGGCAUCACAGCGCCACCGCCAGGCAAGGCUGGGAACUGGGACUAGGCACACCACAGGCACCACUCUUCCCCACCGUGUAUGUGGAGUCUGCGGCUUCGUCUGGAACCCUGAGAAGGUGCCCAGUUCUGAGCCAGGUUAUAAGUACUUGAACAUCUCAAAGGCACAUGCUGUGCCCUCGGAGAGCACCUAGGAGGUAGGUGGACCCCCUCGUCCAGAAUCCACAUUAGAAGGAAAUGGCUCCCCUGCCUGCAAGAAGGCCCUGCCUCCGACCGACGAGAUGGACGAGCUGUAAAGCCCACCAGGGUGUUUGGCUCAUGGAUCCUCCAAGACUAGGAGAUGCAACAGAGCUAGUGUCCUUCAAAAGUCAUCAGCAGUGGCCACUGAGACCUGAGAGUCAACGGGCAGACAGACACCUGGGGGAGCUAGGCCCAGUAGGAACACUAGGUUCUGACACAGUAUUAAUCCCUAAAGGUAAACAAUCCGGAUUUUACACUCCCUGCCCCUUAGCAGUUAAUCCUGCAUGAGAAAAACCACCCAUGAGCCAAAGAGCGUUUACAGUGCACAUGAAUCCCGGGCCUCCAACCAGGAGAGGGCGCCACCGCACACCUGAGGAGGCCCAGAGUGGGAGCUGCUAGAUGCGGCGACUGACUUCCGAGGGCAGAUGCCAAGGUCAGUGGUCUGCAGCUGGGCGGUAACGCCUCCUAGAAGAGGCGUUACCCCAGAGCCCCAUUUUCAUGGUCCUGGAAGGAGCCAGUCACAAUUAUGUGACAAAGGGACCACAGUGCCACUCUUCACACAGGAGCUAGGUGACGACUGUAUACUGGGGAAUCUAAAUUUAGUAAAAGCAGAAUUUUAGAAUCUUAGCAGUGGGCCCUUCAGGUCCACUCUGCUCUGGAUUUUGUAUUAAAAAUGAACAGACUGACCCCCGAGACAGAAAGGGGCUUUUCUUGAGCCACAGCUGGCUGGAGAGCCACCCAGCUGGACCCCAGAGGGUCUUUUCUGCUGUCUUGCCAUCCCAACUGCUAGCCCAGGUAUCAGCUUAGAGUAAACGCCUAUUGACUGGGCAGAUGAGGUGAGGGAAUGGAUGAGUGGUGGCCGGAACACACGUUGUCCAAAGGACAUUGGAGGUGUUGAGGUUCCAAAUGGGCAUCUGUCAGCCUCUGGAAACCCUAUGUAGUCCCAAAGGUCUAAAGUUGGCAGUUUUGUUUCAAAUGCAGGCUAUUCAGAACCCAAGUAACCAAGAGAAUCUUGGGGAGAUGGGAGUCAAUAGCAAUACUUACUUUUUGUUCCCAUGGUCAAGCCCAGAUUAUAGUGUGGAAGAAAGAAAUGCUGUCAAGUGGUCUUCUCGUGAACAAUAUCAACAGAAAGCAGACAAAGCACUCACAGCCUUGCUUCUCUCCUCCCAUCACUUCCUACUCUGUAUCUCCAUGAAGUUUCCUUUAAGCCACCCACCCCUUCUGCCCUCCACAGGUACAACUCCAGGGAGUUCUAUGCUUCUUUCCCAUUUGUGAUUGCGAUACUGUUGUGUGAGUACUUUAGAGAUGUCUGCAUCUCCACUGGAUUAAGAAGGGCCCUUAGCUCAUCACCUCAUUCAUGGGCUUCCUCAGAGUUCACUUGGACACCGAUGCUCUCUGGCUGGGCCUUGAACCAGCUCAGUAGAGUCCACAGUAGACAGUGGGUGGGAUUCUGAAGCUUCCCAGCUGGGGAAGGCAGACACAUAGUCCACAGGUGAACCCAUCAAGUGAGUUGAACUAAUCCUAAGAAAGACAAUCAGAAACAUUAUAGAAAUGGCACUCAGAGAGUACCAAAUGCAGCUCCAUCCAGCAGGAGCCAGAGAAGUCACAGGGGGGCUCUCACUGUGCUUUCACCAACUUCCAGAUGCCACUCACCCCUACUCAGCCAAAGGUGUCAGUGUGGACACCCUGUGAUCCUCUUCCAUGCAGUCAGGGAUCAGAGUAGAAGGCAGAUGAUCAUACACCACUGAUGCCAGUGCAGACCAUGGAGAGAGAAAGGAUAGUGAUUCAGUCUAAGUAAAAAUAAACCAUCCUGGGGCAU